AUGCGCCGUUAUUCGAAUCUCCAGACUCUUUCGUGUCAACCUAAACCAAACACUACUACUGAACAGAAGAUCCAAUUGAUAUCCAAAGACUGGCAUUUAAAUAAUGGUUCAGAGUUUGCAUGUAUGGGUUGUGGGGAUGUAUUGGUGGAUAUGGUCGUCAAGGCUGUCCACACACGGACCACAUCGGCAGCAAUGCUCGUCGAUUGCAUUAUUGCUUAA